CAAAGCAGCUCCUCUCUAUAUAUACCCCCGGCCCUGCGAGCACUGCUAUAUUGACACUGUGGGUUCUACAGCAUUUUUUACUGUAAUUAUCUAGGUUUGCUACUAUGUCUGAGACUGCUCCUGCCGCGCCGGCUACUCCAGCUCCAGCAGAGAAAACACCUGUGAAGAAAAAGGCUAAGAAGCCAGCGGGCUCCGCGGGAGCGCGGCGAAAGGCCUCUGGGCCCCCGGUGUCCGAGCUGAUCACCAAGGCCGUAGCCGCCUCCAAUGAGCGCAGUGGCGUCUCUCUGGCCGCCCUCAAGAAGGCGCUGGCGGCCGCCGGCUACGACGUGGAAAAGAACAACAGCCGCAUCAAGCUGGGGCUCAAAAGCCUGGUGAACAAAGGCACCCUAGUGCAGACCAAGGGGACGGGUGCCUCGGGCUCUUUUAAGCUCAACAAGAAGACUCCUGCCGGCGAAGGCAAAGGCAAGGCCAAAAAAUCUGCUUCCGCCAAAGCAAAGAAGUCGGCAGGAGCUAAGAAGCCUAAAAAGACCACAGGGGCGGCCACGAAGAAGCCCUUGAAGAAAACGCCUAAAAAGCCUAAGAAACCAGCGGCAGCGUCGGGAGCCAAGAAAGCAGCAAAGAGCCCGAAAAAAGCUAAAGCUGCUAAACCCAAGAAAGCGGCCAAGAGCCCCGCGAAGGCUAAAGCGGUGAAGCCCAAGGCAGCAAAGGCAAAGGUGACCAAACCUAAAACCGCCAAGCCCAAGAAGGCGGCGCCAAAAAAGAAGUAGGUCUCCGCGGGAACUUCCAACACCUCAAAGGCUCUUUUCAGAGCCACCCAGAUAUCUCAAUGAAAAGAGCUUGAUACGUAUGUCUUGGGGCCCUGUAACAUUUUCAAUUAAGCAGUUCUAUAGCUGCGCCAGUGGGGGAGUUUGGGAGGGAGGGUUGCAACUGACAGCUUGCUUUUUGCCCUUAUUUAACCGAGGCUAGAAUACAGGGAGACUUGACGGACACAAUUCUUUAUUUUUGCACACCGCUAACCCUGAUAAGGGCCAGGUUAGUUAUUUUAAGUUAUUGCAUGGUCUUGUGGAUCAAGGAGCUCAGUUGCUUUUUUUUUUUUUGGUAGCACCGGAUAUCCUGCGGCGCCAUAGUGCCUGGCCAGUUGUAAAGCCCACGGGCUUUCCGAGAGUAACAAAUGCGUAAACUUUGUGGUCAUCUGAAUCUAGGUCCUCCCUUUGCAUUUUGAGAUUAGAGACGAACUAAAUAAACCGUUCCCAAAAUUGAACAA